CAACGGAGUGGCUGUUCCCCCGCCCCCUCACCCCUCCAUUGUCUGGUUGGAGGCACGCAGGGAGGACAGGGUCGCCAAGCCCCAUGCGGUUCUGACAACCGGAGGGAGAGUCUGAGGCUCAGGGAAGGGACCGGCCCAAGGUCACUCACCUGGUCGAGGCCGUAGCCCGACGUCUUGGCCAGAACUUUGGAAUUACACGCCCCACCCCCUGAAGGCUCCAGAGAGGGACAAGCAGACAGAGGAUGAAAGCCCUUCCACACCUUCUUUGUCACCCCCGCCAGCUGCUGAGAAGAACUCCUACCUGUAUUCCACGGAGAUCACGCUGUGGACGGUGGUGGCCGCCAUCCAGGCCUUGGAGAAGAAGGUGGACUCCUGCCUGGCCCGCUUGCUGACCCUAGAAGGGCGGACGGGGACGGCUGAGAAGAAGCUGGCGGACUGCGAGAAGACGGCCGUGGAGUUCGGGAACCACAUGGAGAGCAAGUGGGCCGUGCUGGGGACCCUGCUGCAGGAGUACGGGCUGCUCCAGAGGCGGCUGGAGAACAUGGAGAACCUGCUGAGAAACCGAAAUUUCUGGAUCCUGCGACUGCCCCCGGGCAGCAAGGGGGAGAUCCCCAAGGUGCCCGUGACCUUUGAUGACGUGGCCGUGUAUUUCUCUGAGCCAGAGUGGGGCAAGCUGGAUAAUUGGCAGAAGGAGCUCUACAAGCACGUGAUGCGGGGCAACUACGAGAUGCUGGUGUCCCUGGAUUAUGCCAUCUCCAAACCAGACAUCCUGACCCGGUUGGAGAGGGGAGAGGACCCUUGUCCUGAAGGCCCGUGGGGCCAGGAGGAGAGAAGUAAGAAAGAGGCAGCACGCCCAAGGAGGCCAAGCCCUGGCCUCCCUCCACAUCCAGAGCAUAUCCGCAGCCCUGUCAGCCCUUCCCGGGAGGAGCCAAAAGAAGAGCCGGCCCGCAAGCACCAGCAAGACGCAGAGACCAGGGUGAUCCUGCCCGGAGCAAGCAGCGGGCCUCCAGCCUCGGUUAAACGGGAAGAAGAAUCUUCAGGUGGGGAGUCUCCAACCUCCCCUCCCAGGGACAGCCUGCCCGGCAUGGGGCCAGGUGGUGGUGGUGUGGUCAUCAAGACAGAAGCACAAUCUGAGGACGAGAUGAUGCCUGAGCAGCUCUUCCUGGGGGAGGCCCAUAGCCAGCCCGUGUGUAGAAUGCCCAAGGGGCCCAGGAGCAGGACUGGGGGUCCUGGCCGGCUUCAUGCCGAAGGAGUGCCACGGGUGCGGGCGGGGGAUCCGCGGUCACCAGGGGCCAUGGGGGAGCCACCGCGCAUCCUCCCUCGCCGGCGAGAGCGGACCUUCCCCUGCCCUGACUGUGGGCAGAGCUUCCGCUUGAAGAUUAACCUGACCAUUCACCAGCGGACCCACGUGGAGGAGGAGCACAGGGAGACUCCGGGGAGCUCGCCCCCUGGCUGGGAGGAGGCCCACUCCACUCUGGAGCCGGGGGAGGUGGUGGUGCCCGGCCCUGUCAUCCGCUGGCUCCCCGAGGAGCCCGGCGGCCCCCGCUCCCUGGCCAGCCGGUCCUUCCUGGGGCGGCGGCCGGCGGCCAGCAAGGUGUACCACUGCAGCGAGUGCCUGCGCUUCUUCCAGCAGCGGAAGAGCCUGCUGCUGCACCAGCGCCUGCACACGGGCAACAGCCAGGGCUGGCCGGCCUGUCCCUACUGCGGCAAGGCCUUCCGCCGGCCCUCCGACCUCUUCCGCCACCAGCGCAUCCACACGGGGGAGCGGCCCUACCAGUGCCCCCAGUGCGGCCGGGCCUUCAACCGGAACCACCACCUGGCUGUCCACAUGCAGACUCACGCCCGAGGCCAGGCGGGCCCGCACUUCCCUGCUUCCUCUGCCCUUCCUGGGAGUCCCCCGCUGCCCCGGCCCAGCCACAGUGAGGAGGGCUGAGCGGGCAGGAGCCUGCAGGGGUGUUCUCCGGCUCUCCUGGGGUACCCCCAGCAAGACUUCUGUCCGCCUUCAGGCCUUUCCCCUUGUGCCUGACGCUGGUUUCUCGUUCUGCAGUAGCUUUGGGGAGAUAUUUUUUUCAUUUAGAUGGGAAGCAGUGGCCUUUUUGGUGACAGUAUGUGUGUGACCAGAUGCCUCAAUUUCCUGUUUCUUAAGUUUGUCACUCUUUGCUGCCUUUUCUACAUUCCUGACUUAGAAAGGAUCCCUUAAGGCUUAGAGGAUGCCAGGUUUUGGUGAAAGCCUUGGGCAGGUACCUGAGACAGGCAAGAGGAGUGGCCCUUCCAGUAGGGAGCGAUAGAGACACGGAGGGCCUGCAGUUUUGAUACUGUACACAGAGGUCACUGCAAAGUGGACAGUUUGAAGAGUAGGCAGUGGAAAUUUGAGUUUCCUGCUGUGUUAUUUUGAAAGCUUUUUUUUUUCUCCUUAUGGAGUUUUUCUAGUGCUUUUGUAAGUGUUAAGUGUGGUUGUAAAGGGGACCAGGAGCCCUGAGGGGCAGGAAUUAUUCUUCCAGCUCCUUGUGUGGGGGGAUGGUAGAGGGGCUGUCCAGAUCAGCCCGGGUGUUGGUGGGGAUGUUGGGGUGCUGCCCUGGACAUCAGGUGCCUUCCCGGGUAUGCGUUCUUUGGCCUAGAGUGAUUCCCAAUAUCCCAACAUCCAUGACUGAUUUUGGUUAUUAGUUGAGAGGGGGAAACUGAGGCCGGGAGUGGCUGACCCUUCCCCCAAGGUCUCAGUAUUAUUGGUAUGCACACCCCAUGGACUGGACCACGUAGAACACCUUGGGGGGGUGGGGGAGAUGCAGACCCAGCCCAGGAAGCUCCUCCCAGAGAGGAAGAUCCUGAUGUGGGUGAAGCUGGUCAGCCAACUUGGACUCCUGGGCUACCAGGCCUGAGUUGUCACGUUAAAGGAGUGGUCGGUUUCCAAGAAUUUGGAGCUGGUAGCAGAGAUAGGCCAGGAGAUGUGGGUGGAUUUUUUAAAUCACCUUCAGCCUCAUGUUCCUCACCUGUCAAAGGGGGUAAUGACCCCAGUGCAUCCUACCUCACCUUAGGGUUUUCAGGGUCUUAAAAGACUUAGAGGCAGUGGGGCAAAUAGGAAGCCUGGUUUCGUCCUUCUUUUCAAGUUCAGGGCCCCCCUUUUUCUUCCAUGUUCAUCUCCAGCCCUUUGCCCCCGUCCAAAUCCCUCAGGAAGGACCUUUAUUUUCUAGAGUGAGUGGAAGGUCCCUUGGGUGCAGAGCGCGGUGAGAUUUUCCCAUUGGGCUAUAUUCCCACGGAGCCCUUUGUAUUUCAGUGGAACAAAUUCUUACCAAAGCAACGAAGUUCAAACCGUAGAAGUUCGGGCAAUAGCAUGAGGCCUCCUGGAGAAGUCUUGAUGGCAGCUAGCAUCUUGUGCCUCGUAGAUCACACCACUUUGGGCGCUGCCUAUAGACCAGCCCUUGGUUUGGGUGAUUUAAAGUGGAGUACUGGGUCUUCGGCUAUUUUGAUUGUUGUUGUAUUUACCUGGGCACUGUGUGAAGGGGCCAGCAUUCAGACGGGCUUCCAGGUGCCCGGUCCCUGGCUGUUCCACUUCUUGUUGCAGCUCUGACCGCCCCCCCCUCAUGUCAUGAACAGAGUGGGGGGCAGAGGGGGACAUUGCCAUCAUCGCUGGGGCAAGAGUGAGUAUACAAAUCAGUGAGAGCCCACCAAGGCUCCCCUGGGCUUGGGAAGAAGAGCUGCCAGCGUCCUGUGCUGUGCAUUCUGCUUGUCUGCGCUGGCAUCCCCAGCGCUCACCAGGGGCCCCACAAGUCAGGGCUGGGCUGUCAGCAAGUGUUCAGACAGGAUAUGGUGCAAAUGGAGCUGCUCUGAGCUUACUGCAGUCUCGGGUGUUUCCUGGGGAUGCCUCAAGGCUCAGAGUUCCUAAACCUUUCCAAAGCUGAAUGUCCUGUGUAAACGCAGGUACUCCAACAGCACAAACACCGAGUGAUCGCUGGACACGGGCCCUCCCAUUUCUUCCAAAGCCCGCAGUGUCCCCGGUUCCUAGUUAGGGCUUGUGAGUUUGCCUGGCACUCGAUAGGUGUUCAAAGAAAGUUCUUUACACUGAAACGAGCCGACGUAUGCAGCGUGGUGCAGGAGCAGAGAGAUGCCCCAGAACCCAGGAGGCUAGAAUCUGGGUUGGCCUUCCACUAACUCCUAGCUCCGUGUCUGGGCUUCCUCAUUUGUAAACAAGGAAGGGUGGGGUCCUGGUGCCAAAGGCUCUGAAGAACUGUGAUGGUGGCGGCCCUUUGCCUUCAUCGGUGCUCAAUAAAUACGUUGAACUGAA